UCGGGGCUUCACGUCAGCUAUGUACGAUCGCCGCAAGGGUUCAGCCAGCAUUGCGUGCCUCGGGUGUGAGCACUGAACCACGCAUGCCAAAGACAGAAGACCCUGAUAUUCCUCACCUCCACUAGCUGAGCAAUUCUUCCUUCAUCAUACAAGUGCACCAAAACAUCACAAUGUCUGGCCAGCAACUCUUCACCGUGCCCAUCCCGGCGCUCAAGAACCACCCCGGUGGCGCAAUCGUCUGCACCACGCCCGCGCCCAAGGUCUACCUCCUGUCAUGGACUUCACCUCCCGACAAUCGCCUCACGGACGCAUUCUGCCAGGCCCUGCUCACGGCCCUUGACGAGCUCGAGUACGCCCGCGUCGAAGACACCGCCAGCAAGGACAAAGAUCCAGCCGCCAGCACCAAGAAGCCAAAGUACCCCCCAGGAGUCGUCAUCACAACCUCGGCCAUCACAAAGUUCUACUCCAACGGCCUGGACCUGACCCUCCUCCUCAACCAGCCCGGCUUCGCGCAGGAAAACAUAUACCCGCUGUGGCGCCGCUUCCUCACCUACCCCAUGCCCACAGUGGCCCUGCUCAACGGGCACACCUUUGCUGGCGGCGCCAUGCUCGCCAUGCACCAGGACUACCGCGUCUUCUCCGAGCCCAAAGGCUACCUGUGCCUGAACGAGCUCGAGUUUGGCGCGCCACUGCUGCCACCCAUGGCGUCCGUGUUCCGCGAGAAGCUGCCGGCUCCGACGUUCCGGAAGCUCAUCCUAGAGGCGCACCGCUUUGGUGCCAAAGAGGCGCUCGACGCGGGCAUCGUGGACAAGGUCGGCGGGCUGGACGCCGCCCUGGAGCUCAUCAGGGAUCUCAAGCUCACGACCAAGGCGGCGACUGGUGCGUAUGGGAUGCUCAAGGAGGAAAUGUACCGCGAGAGCGUCGCGCUGUUGGAUGCGCGAGGCGCGGACUUUGUCGAGCCGAACAUGCGGUUCGGGGCGGCGAAGAGGAAGGUCGAGGAGGGGGUCAAGCGGGUGGAGGGCAAGGAGCACAAGGCGAAGCUGUAGGAUCGGUCAAACGGGCCCCACGAUGUGGUCUUUUGUGCUUGUAUUUUGCUCUUGGUCGAGAAGGACCUGCUCGAGAAGUAUCGGCGCUGGAUUUACAGCGAUCUCCAGACUUUGAAUCUCAAGUAUGGUUGACGACAAAGACCUCCACUUUGAAGGAUGGGAAUUAACUGAACAUGAUAAUGAAGACAAAAUCCAAUUCCAGACAAGA